UCUCGUCGUUUAGAAACAUCUCAAUGGAUUGAGUCAAGAAGAAAAUUUCUGCUUGCAAUCGCGCAACAGCUUCCACGUAGGCUAAUGCCGUACGAAGUGCAAAUGAUCAUUUUCGCAAAAUCAUGUCAUAUUUGUCAUCAACAGAUUUAUAUACAUUCCUGUGGAGUGUGCCAUUCCGACAACUAUUGCCUUAGUCAUGUGCUGGAGUUUAAACUGAAUCACCCAUCAAAAUGCCACGAGUUGACGUUAUGUCUUAAUCUAAAUAUCUUAUAUGUCAUACCUAUAGAAUUUGAACGAUUAAUACAUUUCUUACUAUAUCGACAUCUUUUGCACACAGAAAGGAAAAUGGAUCUUCUACAUAGUGCAGGACCUCAAUAUGUUAUCCACGUAAUAUCAGCAAAUUACAUUGAAUAUAAAUAUAUGAAGGCUUGGGAACUUCUCCAUCAUCUUCUAUGGUGGAUAAGAGAUGUAACAGUUGUAUUGAUAGGGAAAGAAUUAAUAACUGAAAAUAUAAAUUUGGAAAGUUGUAAUGACUGCAAGUCUAAAAAUCGAAGAAUUAGUGUCGUGUGUCGUCCUGGACUUUAUGACGAGUAUAUGAGAGAUCUGACGUUCCAUCAACCGAAUGUAAUCAUAACAUUCCAAGCACAUUUUGAUCAAACAAACAUAUGGCGAAAAUAUUGCUUAUUGACAUCACAGUAGUGAGUAUGAACUGUCCAUAUAUUCUAACAACCAGAUCGCAAUCUACAGCAGUAGAGAACAUAAAUAACAUACGAAAGAUUAUAAAUAUAAAUCCUGUAUAUGAUGGACCAAACAAUUUCAAAUCCUUGUAUCCAUAUAGACAGUUACAUGGACAUUGUGUCAGUUAUCGUAAUCCGCAUAUAACUGUGUAUCGGAAUUUAAAUCCUUCAUAAAAACCAUUCUAAACGAUUUGUACCUCUCUUAUGUGAUUCUCAUAUCACUUGAAUUAAUACAAAAAAUACAAAGACAGAUUGCCCUCAUGAAUUAUGAAUAUUUUUAUAUAAAUUAUUUUUUGAAUUGUAGAUAUUUCUAAUAAAGGAAUUAUUUAACUGCUCUCUCUUUCUUUUUUGUUAUUGUUGUUGUCUUAUUGAUGUUGUUGUCUUUUAAUUAAAACAUAUUAAUAGUGGUAAACGAGUACAUCAAAUGCACGAAAGCAUCCCAAAACAGCAUGUUGCUUUUAUACACAUACGCGCACACACACACGCACAUAAAUACAGGAUGUCUUAUUUUAAAUUACGUAUUAAAGUUUUUCGAAAACCAAAAGUUUUAUUGGAAAACGUGGAAAAUAAAAUUAAUACGGUUUCAAGGAGACACGUCUGAUGAUGCUGCUCACUUGACUUCAGUGACUGCUAAGAUAUAUGUAAAGUUACAUCUAAUUUUUUAAAUAGGAUUAUGUAUAGUUCUGUUAACAUAAAUUGAUUCCUCUGUUUAUUCCAUGUAUAAGAGUAUCGAAUAAAAUAGUUUAAAAGUGGA